AUAAUCUAUUUCUAAUAUUCAAAUAGAAAAACAAAAAAAAAAAGGAGAAGAGAUUAAAAAAUCUCACCAUGGUUCACGCUGGUGGUCAUAAUCUACCCGGGGCAGAUCCAAACCCGACCCAUAUGAACAAAUUCGCUUUCGGGUGUGCAAUCGUUGCUUCCAUCAUUUCAAUCAUCUUCGGAUAUGAUACGGGGGUUAUGAGCGGAGCUCAGAUAUUUAUAAGAGAUGAUCUGAAAAUAAACGAUACGCAGAUAGAAGUUUUGAUGGGAAUACUGAAUCUUUGUGCUCUCGUCGGAUCUUUAACGGCCGGAAAAACGUCUGACAUCAUCGGUCGACGUUACACCAUUGCUCUCUCCUCCGUGAUAUUCUUAGUGGGCUCGGUUCUUAUGGGCUACGGCCCAAACUACGCCGUUUUGAUGGUCGGAAGAUGUAUCGCCGGAGUUGGUGUAGGGUUUGCUCUAAUGAUAGCGCCGGUUUAUUCCGCCGAGAUAUCCUCUGCUUCACAUAGAGGCUUUCUUACUUCUCUCCCUGAGCUUUGUAUCAGUCUCGGGAUUUUACUAGGCUAUGUCUCGAAUUACUUUUUCGGGAAACUGACAUUGAAACUCGGUUGGAGAUUGAUGCUUGGAAUCGCAGCGAUCCCUUCUUUGAUCUUGGCGUUCGGGAUUUUGAAAAUGCCUGAAUCUCCGAGGUGGCUUGUGAUGCAAGGUAGGUUACAGGAGGCCAAGAAAAUCAUGGUUUUGGUAUCCAACACCGAAGAAGAAGCCGAGGAACGCUUCCGGGACAUGUUAACCGCUGCGGAAAUAGACGAUGAUACAGCGUUUAAAGCGGUUGGCGGCGGCGUGAAGAAGAAUCAAGGCAAAAGCGUGUGGAGAGAGCUGUUGAUAAAACCGAGACGAGCGGUGCGUUUGAUCUUGAUCGCAGCCGUGGGGAUACAUUUUUUCGAGCAUGCCACCGGAAUCGAGGCCGUGGUGUUGUACAGCCCGAGGAUUUUCAGGAAAGCCGGAGUAACUACGAAAGACAAGCUCUUACUCGCUACGGUUGGUGUAGGUUUAACUAAGACCGUUUUCAUAAUAGUAGCUACUUUCUUGCUGGACAAGGUAGGUCGGAGAAAGCUUCUCUUGACAAGCACGGGUGGUAUGGUUUUAGCGUUGACCAGUUUAGCUGUUAGUCUGACGAUGGUUCAGCGUUUUGGGCGGUUAGUGUGGGCGUUGGGGUUGAGCAUCGUCUCGACGUACGUGUUCGUAGCGUUUUUCUCGAUCGGGCUUGGGCCAAUCACGUGGGUGUACAGCUCGGAGAUAUUCCCAUUAAGACUUAGGGCUCAGGGAUCGAGCAUAGGCGUUGCGGUUAAUAGGAUCAUGAACGCGACGGUCUCAAUGAGUUUUCUGUCGAUGACAGAGGCGAUCACAACGGGCGGUGCGUUCUUCGUGUUCGCUGGAAUCGCGGUGGCGGCAUGGUGGUUCUUCUUCUUUAUGUUGCCGGAGACGAAAGGAUUGCCAUUGGAGGAGAUGGAAAAGCUUUUUGGAGGUGGAAAUGCUCGUGGUGAUAGAUCGGGACGGAAUAUAGAGAUUAAAACUAAGAGAGUCAAUAAUCAGAUUUGAUUAUCAUACAGUAUAUUGUUAUAUAGAAUAAUAAAUUUAGCAUAUCUAAUUAUAAGGUUUGAUUUGUAAGCAAGUGACUCGUUGAGUUUACAUGAAAUUUAUGUAUUGUUUGUUUAAGUAAAUAACAACUUGUUAAGUUGCUAUUAGCAAAUUA